GUGAGCGUCGGGGGCAGCGCAGAAAGUUAAAAACACUGAAACACGAGUCUCUCCAACAAAAGCAGGAAAAAGCCCUCCAGAGAAUCGUGACUCGCGGAGAAAGAGCACUGCGUCACGGCUUUUCUUCAAGUGCUGCAGAGAGACGCGGCUGCUGCUGCAUUGUGAGGAGAGAAAGAAAAAUCCGAACUCGCGUACAGUCGUUUCUGUCUCUUCCGAGUGAAUGAAGCUGUCCAUCAGAAGGAACUGCAUACGUCACACUUUCCUGUCUGCUUCUGUCUGUCUCCAAACCACCCGACUGACCCACAGUAACAUUGAUCUUAUCCUCUGAAACUCACAUUUGCAACCAAACAGCUGAACUCAUCAAAGAUGGAGGACCCGUACAGAGACAGGACGUCUCUGGCCAAAGGCGCUCGAGACAUCGCCAAGGAGGCGAAACGCCACGCGGUCAAGAAGGUCAACAAAGUGGUGGACCGCGCCUCGGACGAAUACUCCGGCCGCAACUACAGCCGCUUCGAAAACGACGAAGACGAGGGCGCCGACGAAGACGGUUACUACUAUCAGGACGGACAAGCUCAGCGAGAAGAUGACGAGGGGUCCAGCGACGCCACCGAGGGCCACGACGACGAGGACGAAAUAUACGAGGGCGAGUACCAGGGCGUGCCCGCAGGGGGCGGGGCCGCAGAUGGGCGUGGCCAGGUGGCGAUUGGCCAGCCGUUGGCGGAUGGAAUGAAGGACAAGCGAGAGCUGGAGAAGGAGAGAGAGGCGGAUGAGGAGGAGCUGGCGCAGCAGUACGAGCUCAUCAUUCAGGAGUGUGGACACGGACGCUUCCAGUGGCAGCUGUUCUUCGUGUUGGGCCUGGCGCUCAUGUCCGACGGGGUGGAGGUGUUCGUCGUGGGGUUUGUGCUGCCCAGUGCUGAGACGGACAUGUGUGUGCCCAACUCAGGAGCCGGGUGGCUGGGCAGUGUGGUGUAUCUGGGAAUGAUGGUGGGCGCGUUCUUCUGGGGCGGCCUGUCAGAUAAGGUGGGCCGACGGCAGUGUCUGCUGGUGUGUAUGUCAGUCAACGGCUUCUUCGCCUUCCUGUCGUCCUUCGUUCAGGGCUACAGCACCUUCCUCUUCUGCAGGAUGCUCUCGGGGUUUGGGAUUGGUGGAGCGGUUCCCAUCGUGUUCUCGUACUUUGCCGAGUUCCUGGCGCGUGAGAAACGCGGUGAACACCUGAGCUGGCUCUGCAUGUUCUGGAUGGUGGGCGGGAUCUACGCUUCAGCCAUGGCCUGGGCCAUCAUUCCACACUAUGGCUGGAGUUUCAGCAUGGGUUCAGCGUAUCAGUUCCACAGCUGGCGUGUGUUUGUGGUCGUCUGCGCGCUGCCCUGCGUCUCUGCGGUCGUGGCGCUCACGUUCAUGCCAGAGAGUCCACGCUUCUACCUGGAGAUGGGAAAGCAUGACGAGGCGUGGAUGGUUCUCAAACAGAUUCAUGACACCAACAUGCGUGCGCGCGGAGAGCCCGAGAAAGUCUUUACUGUGAACCGUAUAAAGAUCCCCAAGCAGCUGGAUGAGCUGGUGGAGAUGCAGUCGGAGUCGGCAAACCCAGUGGCCAAAGUCUUAUUCAGGAUCAAGAGCGAACUGCGCGGAAUCUGGCUCACGUUCCUGAAGUGCUGGGAUUACCCCGUCAAGGACAACACUGUGAAGUUGGCCAUAGUUUGGUUCUCGCUGUCGUUCGGGUACUAUGGUCUGUCUGUCUGGUUCCCUGACGUCAUAAAGCACCUGCAGGCGGAUGAGUACGCGUCCCGUGUGAAGAUCCACAACAACGAGAGAAUCGAAGACUUCACCUUUAAUUUUACCCUGGAGAACCAGAUCCAUAAAAAUGGAGUGUUUAUUAAUGACAGAUUCAUUGGCAUGAAGUUUAAGUCUGUGACUUUCAUCGACUCCACCUUUCAGAGCUGUUAUUUUGAGGAUGUCAGUUCCAUCGGUUCCUUCUUCAAGAACUGCACCAUCAUAGAAGCGUUCUUCUAUAAUACAGAUAUCGACGACUCAAAAUUCAUCGGCUCCUCUCUGAUCAACUCCACGUUUGCGCACAACAAGACCGGCUGUCAGAUGACGUUUGAUGACGACUACAGCGCGUACUGGGUGUAUUUCAUCAACUUCCUCGGAACGCUAGCCGUGUUGCCAGGCAACAUAGUCUCCGCCCUCCUCAUGGAUAAAGUGGGCCGUUUAAGCAUGUUAGGUGGCUCGAUGGUGUUAUCCGGCAUCAGUUGUUUCUUUCUGUGGUUCGGCACCAGUGAGUCCAUGAUGAUAGCCAUGCUCUGCCUUUAUAACGGACUCAGUAUAUCAGCUUGGAACUCACUGGACGUGGUGACGGCCGAACUGUAUCCCACCAACAGGAGAGGGACUGGCUUUGGCUUUUGUAAUGCCAUGUGUAAGCUGGCCGCGGUCUUGGGGAAUCUAAUAUUUGGGUCGUUGGUGGGAAUCACAAAAUCCAUCCCGAUCCUGCUGGCAUCAUCUGUGCUGGUCGCCGGAGGCCUGGUGGGUCUGCGGCUCCCCGACACCCGCUCCAACGUCCUCAUGUGACCCCACCACACCUGUGACCUCUGACCCUGAGUCGCCACGGAAACACGCAGGACACGCUCAGGGUGCAGGUGGAGGCGACUACCGCGUUUGCUUUAUUUAUUCAUUUGAAGUGUGUUAUUUAUUAAUUUAGCAGAUGUUUAUUCUCUUUUGACUUGCCCAGUUUAGAUUAAAACUAGAUUUUGAUGCCUUUGGUACUGCAGAUUAGAUGUUAUGAUGUUAUGAAAUGUAAAAAUGUGUCAAAAUCUGUUUUUGGACUGUGAGUUUUUGACCUAAUCUGGGUGGGCAGAAUUAUUAUUUAAAAUUAUUUAUUAAUUUAGAAAAUUCAGCUAUUUUUAUUAUUUUAUCUUUAUUAUUUUUAGCUGAACACAAAAAAAAAUUCAGGUGAUUUUAAAGCAUUUUAAUUUUCUUGAAAUUAUGCUUUUAAACUCAAACGAGAGUAAAAAAGGCCAUUUAGAGAUGCAGACAUUAGCGAUAACAGCUUUUAUUGUUAGCGUAGGUCCGAUUCUCCGGUGACUUCCACCGGCACAUUUCUUAAACAAGGCGAUAACGAUUAUCCAGUUUACAUUUUCUGCUUUUUCUAAUGAUUUAGCUAGCAGAAGAACACUGACACGCUUCGACUUCAUUCUUGCCUUCGUGAACUUUGUCGUCAAUGUAGCCGAAACGGACUUCAUUUGGUGUUUGUCUCUCUCGGUUUAAGGGUUAAAGACGUCUUGAUAACCCUAGUUCUAGCUGCUACGCGUCCAUGUGCAAACUCUUCCUUGGAAAACUGAAUGGCCUUUGCUUCCUCUCCGUGCCUCCUUCCUCUAAAAAUCCCUACCGUCGGCUUCUCGUAGGUUGUAGCGAUCCAUCGUACAGCAGAACUGAGCGUGUGUCCGAUUUUUAUUUGGAAUGCUCUACUGCUCCAGUAGGUGGAAAUAUGUCGUGUUUCGCCGUUUCAUCACAUUCCACUGGGAGUUUGUACAUGCAAUAGUGCAAUAUGACAGGACCUGAUACUGUGGAAGCUUGUUUCCGCCACUGAAUAAAAGAAAUAAAAAAGGUAAUUCUGACUUUUUAUCACAAUUCUGACUUUUUUCUCAAAAUUAUGGGAUGCAAACUCAAAACUGCAAAUGCGAAUUUAUAUCUCACAAUUCUUAUUUUAUUUAGAAAUAAGCAAGAAAAAAAAUCAGAAUUGUGAGAUACAUGCGAGAAGACUUUUUUUGCAAUUAUGAUUUUAUAUCUCACAGUUCUGACUUUUUUCACAAAUUAGAAAUGCAAGUUUGUUUCACAGUUCUGACUUUAUAACUCACAAUCGUGAGUUUAUAUCACAGUUAUUCAUUAUUCAUUCAUUAUUUAUUUAUUUAUAAAGCACAUUUAAAAACAACCCAAGGUUGACCAAAGUGCUGUACAGAUCAAGAAACUCAAAUAAAAAAACAAAAUCUAUAACAGU